GAUCUCUGACUCACUUAAGUGAACUUUACGGGGUGCACUUGAAGGCAGCACCGCCGCUUAGUCAGGUCAGGCAGCAGAAACAGAAGCAGAGUCGCAGCCAGUGUGGCAGCUGGGAAUGUGAGGGUUCAACACAGACUGCUAUUUUCAGGACUGGGAACAGUAGCAGGGGAAGAGACGCUGCCACGGCUCGCCUCUGAUCCCCACAUUGGCUUAAUUUUAAGUCAAAACGGGCGACCUGCGUUUUCUCUCCGGGGUAGCGGAUCUCUCGGACCGCAUCAGAUGGUCAACGGACAGCCGUUGGUGGCUCACUGCGGGGCUGUGUGCUAGAGCAGCCGGAGCACCGUGCUUAGACCGGGUCUGUGUAGGAAACAACCUUACCUCCAGCCUGGUGGUUCCGCAUAAAAUGCAGUGAAGUGUCACCCUUAAAGUCAGUAUAAUCUUAAUGUUCCCCGCUGUGAAACACUCGGUUAAAUGCGCCUGUUUCACCGCGACGAUGGACUGAAAUCUGCGGCGGGGGCGAACGACACACAACCUGCCGCGAUUUCCUGCAUGUAAAUAAAUAAAUGAUAGAGGAUACAAUGACCCUGCUGUCUCUAUUAGGUCGGAUCAUGCGUUAUUUUCUGCUCAGACCGGAGACCUUGUUCCUGCUGUGCAUCAGCCUGGCUCUGUGGAGUUACUUCUUCCACACGGACGAAGUGAAGACCAUCGUCAAGUCCAGCCGGGAUGCGGUCAAGAUGGUCAAGGGGAAAGUGGCGGAGAUGAUGCAGAACGAGCGGUUCGGCGGGCUGGACGUCCUGGACGCGGAGUUCGCCAAGACCUGGGAGUUCAAGAGCAACAACGCGGCCGUGUACUCCAUCCAAGGCCGGCGAGAUCACAUGGAGGACAGGUUCGAGGUGCUCACCGACAUCGUCAACAAGAGUCACCCGUCUAUAUUUGGGAUUUUUGACGGCCACGGAGGAGAGGCUGCUGCUGACUUUGCAAAGGCGCACCUGCCCGAGGCUCUCCGCCAGCAGCUACUGACCUACGAACGGGAGAGAGAGCGAGACAGAGAAAAGGACAAGGAGAAGGAUGAGAAAAAGGAGAGGGGUGGCCAGUCCUAUCCCUCCAUCCUGGAGCAGCAGAUUCUGACUUUGGACAGAGAAAUGCUGGACAAGCUCUCUGCCACUUAUAAUGAAGCAGGUACUACAUGUCUGGUGGCCCUGCUGUCUGAUAAGGAGUUGACGGUGGCCAACGUUGGAGACUCACGUGGAGUUCUUUGCGAUAAAGACGGCAACGCCAUUCCUCUAUCGCAUGAUCACAAACCUUACCAGCUCAAAGAACGCAAGAGGAUCAAGAAAGCUGGUGGUUUCAUCAGUUUCAAUGGCUCAUGGCGUGUACAGGGCAUUUUAGCAAUGUCCCGCUCUCUGGGCGAUUACCCACUGAAGAACCUCAACGUGGUCAUUCCUGAUCCCGACAUCAUGUCGUUUGACCUGAACAAGCUGCAGCCAGAGUUCAUGAUCCUGGCGUCAGACGGCCUGUGGGACACCUUCAGCAAUGAAGAAGCAGUCCGCUUCAUCAGGGAUCGGCUUGACGAGCCUCAUUUUGGCGCCAAGAGCAUCGUCCUCCAGUCCUUUUACCGUGGUUGCCCUGACAACAUCACUGUCAUGGUGGUCAAGUUUAAAGGCAAGGCCAGUGAGCAGUAGACUGCCCGUCUACCACAUGCAGUAUCUAUAUGAUGUUUAAAUAUAAGCAAGAAUAGGCUUAAGAUGAAAAUAUCAAAAACCGAGCCCGCAACUUUUUGAGCGAGAACUAUUUCUAUCACCGAUAGCUACAAAAGUUAGUCCUUCAGUGCAUCAAACCACGGCCAGCCCUCUUUUACUUUUACUGCUGUAAAAGUGACACUUGUAACAAAAUGUCUUUUCAUUUAAGCUACGCCAUAUCGUUCAGACACCGUACUGCGAGCUGGGUCACUGUUAUGCAAACGAACAGAUUUAGCUUUGUGCAGCCGUGGGGAACGCCCAUGAGUGUACACACAUCUGUAUGUCCUGUGUGUAUGUGUGUGUGUGUGUGUGUGUGUGUGUGUGUGUGUGUGUGUGUGUGUGUGUGUGUGUGUGUGUG